AUGGUUAACCUUCUUGUAUAAAAACCCUUUGCAGCACAGAGAGAGGAAGCUGUCCGAGCCUGCAAAGCCUGGAGAAGGGAUUUCACCAUGGAAGGGCAGAGGCUGUCAUCCUAUGGGAGACGCUUUGGCUCGCAAACCAGCUCUGUCCACCAUGCUCUGAGGUUCUCGCCAGGUCGCAGGUACAUGCCUUCAAGUGCCACCAGCCGGGUCUCGGUCACCAAACUGAAGACUGCCAGCCUCAGUUUUCGUGCUGGCCCUAAGUUCUCAGACAAGGUGGAUUUUUCCUUGGCUGAUGCUCUUAACACUGAGUUCAAGGAGACCCGUACCAACGAGAAGGUGGAGAUGAUGGAGCUGAAUGACCGCUUUGCCAGCUACAUUGAGAAGGUCCGUUUCCUUGAGCAGCAGAACAAGGUUCUGGUAACUGAGCUCAACCAAAUCCGAGACAAGGAGCCCACCAAGUUGGCUGAUAUCUACCAGGAGGAGCUGAGAGAUCUACGCCACCAAGUAGACCAGCUCUCCAACUCUAAGGCCCGGCUGGAGAUUGAGAGGGACAACCUGCUGGAAGAUCUCAACAAUCUUCGGCAAAAGUUACAAGAUGAGAUUAAUCUGCGCCUUGAAGCUGAGAACAAUUUAUCUUCCUACCGACAGGAUGUUGAUGAUGCUGCAUUAGCUCGGAUAGACCUGGAACGCAAAAUUGAAUCCCUGCAAGAGGAGAUCAACUUCCUAAAGAAGAUUCAUGAUGAGGAACUGCGGGAGAUGCAAGAGCAACUUCAGCAGCAGCAGGUCCACAUCGAGAUGGACAUGACCAAGCCAGACCUGACAUCGGCCCUGCGUGAAAUCCGCAUUCAAUAUGAGUCCAUGGCCUCAAACAACAUGCAUGAGACCGAGGAAUGGUACAAGUCUAAGUUUGCUGACCUGACUGAUGCAGCGGCACGAAACAUCGAAGCUCUGCGUCUAGCCAAGCAGGAGGCCAAUGAGUACCGCCGACAACUGCAAGCCCUCACUUGCGAUUUGGAGUCCUUGAGAGGAUCGAAUGAAUCUCUGGAGAGGCAGCUGAGGGAGAUGGAAGACCGCUAUGCCCUUGAGACUACCAGCUACCAGGACACAGUGAUUCGACUGGAAGAAGAUGCCCGGGGCCUUAAAGAAGAAAUGGCCCGUCACCUCCAGGAAUAUCAGGACCUCCUCAAUGUCAAAUUGGCAUUAGACAUUGAGAUUGCCACUUACCGCAAACUUCUGGAAGGAGAGGAGAGCAGGAUCACCAUCCCAGUGCAGACCUUCUCCAACCUUCAGAUCCGAGAAACCAGCUUGGAUACAAAAUCUGUUUCUGAGGCUCAUCUGAAGAGGAGUAUUGUGGUCAAAACAGUGGAGACAAGAGAUGGAGAGGUGAUCAAAGAGUCAACCCAGGAGCACAAAGAAGCGUGAAGCCUGACGCCAUGAAGUAAAGGCAACACUAAGGGAGCAUACGAAGACACUUGUAUCCGUAGAAUGCUAGGAAAGCUUCACUUCCUUCUGAUGCUCGAUUGCCAUAGCCCUGAUGUAGCUCCAGCCAUGCCACAACCACAUAUAACAUGUCUUUGCUAAGGGAACCAGCAAGGGGUGUGGAACAUCUGCAAAUCUAACUAUUAUUCCAUCACAAUAACCAGACUAAUCAG